AUGGCGUCACAAUCAGGCAUGGUCGAUCCGGCCAUCUUCCAGGACCUCCAGGCUCGCGUGGACGAGGACACAGCUGUCCGUGACGAGCUGAAGGACAUCAUUCAAGCACUCGAGAAGCACAACCGCAAUGUCUCAUUCGUGCUGUCAAGAGCACACUCGACGCCCGUCGCCAAUCUCCCUGAAGUCCUGAAGGCAGCAGAAGAGGCCAUCAACACCGUCGUCGAAGACGUGUCGAAGCUGUCGCAGGCCGCAUCAAAGCUGCCCUACUACAAGUUCAACAACAUGUGGUCUCGCCAGAUGCAGAGCGCGGUAGAAGGCCUUCUUUUCUGGAGCUGGUUGGGUGGCUACAAGUACGACGGCGGAGAGAUCAAGGCUGGUCGUCUGCUUACCAUCGAAGAGUUGGGCGAGAUCUUGAAGAUCCCGGUCAACCUGAAGGAGCGAGACGAGUUCCACCUCACACUUGAAGAGUACCUGCAGUCUCUCAUCUCGCUCGUAGAAGAGCUGACACGCCUUGCACGCAACGCUGUCACUCUUGGUGACUACGAGCGUCCUCUGCUCAUCAACCAGUUUGUCAAGGACCUGUUUGCUGGCUUCCAGAUCCUCAACCUGAAGAACGACAGUUUGCGCCGCCGCGGUGACGGACUUAAGUACAGGGUCAAGGAUGUGGAAGAUGUUGUGUACGAUCUCUCGUUGAGGAAUCUGCUGCCCAAGGAGUAG